AUGAAAUCGAAUGAUUCAUUAUUAUCAUCUGUUUCUUAUGCGACGAUAUUAUCAAUUUCAAAUCGAAAAUGUGACAGUGGCUUUUCGGAAACAACAUCAUCUAUACAAAUUUCUACAUGUUUUGAACAAAUUCUUGUUGUUGAAAGAACAUAUCAUGAAAAUUUAAAACAAUAUAUUAUUAAAUAUUCUCGACCGUUAAGACGUUAUUUACAUCCAAAUGAAAUUGUUGAUCUUUUUCAAAAUAUUGAAAAAAUUUCAGCUAUAUCACAAUCAAUUGUUCGUCAUUGUGAAAAAUUAUUUGAUGAAGAUAAUACAUUCAAUAUACCAAUAUCAAUAAUUUAUCAAUCAUGUCUUGAUGUUAUGAUCGAUUCAUAUAAUACAUAUAUAUCUCGCAGUAUAGAAGUUCAAGCUAUACUAAAACAAUAUUGUCAUAAAAUUGCAUAUUUUCUUCAAAUACCAAUUGAAUUAGUUAUACAAGAAAUAACAGAAUUUAUUCUAUUACCUAUUCGAUAUAUUUGUAUAUUAAAUGAUUUAUUUCAAUUAUUUGUUAUCGAUUAUACAGAUUUAAUGAAUGAUAUAGAUUGGAAUAUAAUUCAAAAUAUAAGAUAUUUAUCAAAACAAGCGAAUAAUAUUCUUCAUUUAUUAUGUUAUAAUGAAAUAUCAAUAUUAGAAUCAUCACAAGAUACAACAUUACAAUCAGAUAUAUCAUCAAUUAUUGUUCUUCAACGUAUAAAUAAAGAACCAUGGGAAUCAAAACAAAUUGAAUUAUUAGAUUCGAAAUUAGUAUUUACAAAAAUGAAUCAAAUUUCGAGUAUUUGUUUAUCAAAUGUUGUUCAUAUUGAAGAAGAUUCGUUAAAUACGAAAUUAUGUUUAAUAGUAGCAUCAACAUAUUCAAGAUAUUCAUCAAUUACAAUGAUACGUGUAUAUAUACGUUUUCAAGAUAAAAAUGAUUAUUUUAUUUGGUUAAAACAUUUAACAAAUGCUAUUAAAAAAGCAAAAGAUCAAAAUUGGACUGAGAAUAAUGAACUUGUAAUUUGA